ACCAUGGACCUGGUUUCCAUUAUUCUGUCGGUCACCGUCAUCUUAAUUUUGUACAAUGUUUUCGGCAAGAAAAACAACAAGUACAAGAACUUUCCUCCAGGACCUAAGCCCUUACCACUCAUUGGGAAUAUGCACAUGAUUGACACGGUGAAACCCCAUAAAUCUUUAAUGGAGAUGUCAAAAAAAUAUGGGCCAGUAUUCAGCGUGCAGGUUGGAAGUGAUAAGUCUGUUAUCCUGUGCGGUUACGAGACUGUGAAAGAUGCUCUUGUAAACUAUGCCGAAGAAUUUUCUGGAAGGCCCGAUUCGCCAGUGUCCUCCAUGACCUCAAAAGGAUAUGGUAUUCUUUUUUCUCGUGGAGAAAACUGGAAAGUGAUGAGAAAAUUCACUUUGGCAACAUUAAGAGAUUUUGGUAUGGGAAAGAAGACACUAGAGGAGAAGAUCAAUGAAGAAUGUGAAAACCUGGUACAGACAUUUAGGUCUUAUGGAGGAAAACCCUUUGAAAACCAGUCCAUCAUGAAUACUGCUGUAGCCAACAUAAUUGUGUCCAUACUGCUGGACUAUAGAUUUGAAUAUGAUGACCCUACAGUACUGAAGCUUAUGAACUUGGUUAAUGAAAAUAUCAGGAUCAUGGGAGAUGUUAUGGUCCAGCUGUACAACAGUUAUCCCACGCUGAUCGGCUGGCUACCUGGGAGCCAUAGAAAACUGGCUGAAAAUUACAGAGUAAUGCAAGAUUUUGUUAUGGCCACAUUUGCCAAACCUGGAAAAGAUUUUGAUGUGAACAAUCAGAGAAGCUUCAUCGAGGCUUUCCUGGCUAAACAACUAGAGGGAAAACCUGAAUCUAAAUUAUAUUAUAAUAAUGAAAAUCUGAGCACACUGGUGAUGGACCUGUUUGCUGCCGGAAUGGAGACUACUUCAACCACUCUGCGAUGGGGAUUACUAUUAAUGAUGAAAUAUCCUGAAAUACAAAAAAAGGUUCAAAAUGAGAUUGAAAGCGCUAUUGGAUCGACUCGAGCACAAACCGAACAUAGGAAACUAAUGCCCUAUACUGAUGCUGUCAUUCAUGAAAUUCAAAGAUUUGCUAAUAUAGUACCUGGAAACCUCCCACAUGCAGUAGAUAAAGAUGUGACCUUUAGGGGUUAUUUUAUUCCAAAGGGCACAUUUGUUAUUCCAUCGCUGCACUCUGUGCUUAAAGAUGAAACUUGCUUCGAGAAGCCGGAUGAGUUUUAUCCAGAACACUUCCUUGAUUCAGAAGGAAACUUCAAGAAGAAUGAAGCCUUUAUACCAUUCUCAAUAGGUAAAAGAAGUUGUGCCGGAGAGAACUUGGCAAAAAUGGAACUGUUCCUGUUUUUCAUAACCUUGCUGCAGAACUUCACAUUCCAGGCCCCACCAGGCGCAGAGAUGGACCUCAGUCCUGCUGUGGGACUCAUUAGUUCCCCAUUACCCCAUGAAAUCUGUGCAGUUCCUCGCUAA